UUGAAAAUAAAAUAACAGUCCAGAGUACACCAUGUCAAAACAAUUAGAUAUCGAAUGUGAGUACAAGAAAACCGCGAAACGGUUUUCUUCACCAGAAUACCUUCUAUUGGGUGCUGGACCGAUGAAUAUUUCUGAAAGAGUUGCCAAAGCGUUAUCACGCCAACCUUUGAAUCCUUUGGGAGCAGACAUUUACCAAAUUCAAGAUGAAAUCAAAGUCAUGCUGAAGUACCUUUUCCAAACAAAAAAUAAUUACACUUUUGUGAGCCAAACGUCGGGAAAUGGCGGGAAUGAGGCAAUAAUGGUCAAUCUUCUAGACCCCGGAGAUCGGGUGGUUAUAGCAAUUGGGGGCACUUGGGGCGAGAAAAUGGUAGAUAUGGCGCAAAGAUACAAUUUCGAUAUUCUCUCGCUCAGGAAAAAUCCCGGCGAAAUUUUUACUUUACAAGAACUUGAAAAUGCAGUGGUUGACCACAAAGCCAAAAUGUUAUUUGUGACUCAUGGAGAAUCCACCGGGGGGACUCUCCAACCCCUUGAAGGUCUCGGUGCCAUGUGCCACAAAUACGACUGUCUGCUUGCUGUCGACGCUAUUGUCUCUAUAGCAGUGGACCCACUUUUUGUCGAUCGAUGGGAGAUUGACGCUGUGAGUGCUGGAAGCCAAAAAGGCAUAGGUGCACCUCCUGGCACUUGUAUGCUGAGUUUCAGUCCCAGAGCUGAGAAACGAAUGAGUGAGAUAAAAGUACCACCCCCGUACUACUUAGAUAUGAGAAGAAUAGCAAUUUACUGGAAGUGCACCCCUGAAGCUAGACAAUACCAGUACACAUUUUCAUCAAACUUGCUAGCUUCACUACGAGAAGCUUUGGCGGAAAUUUGUGAAGAAGGUCUUGUCCAGAUUUGGGAAAGGCAUACGUCCAAUACUAAACUUUUCUGGAAAAAACUUGAAAAACUUGGUCUUGAACCUUUCGUGAAGGACGUCAAAAAUCGCUUCAUGGGGGUCACCCCUGUGAAGCUACCUCCAGGAAUCGACCAAAUUGAGUUUCUCAACUUUUUACGACAAAAAUUUCAGAUUGAUAUCACCGCCGGUCACGGCCCUACCAGCGGUAAGGCUAUUCGGGUGGGCUUUUUAGGCCAUAACAGUAGACCCGAAGUGGUCGAAUACUUGGCAGAGGCUCUAAAAGCCGCUCUCGAGCACUUUAAGAAAUGAUGUGUUAUCAAAUAUAUCCAUUUAAAUAUA